GGCUUUGUUGUUGUUUCUCCGCCGAACAGCCUCAUGAUGGAUGUUUCGUCUCCUGCAGCGACCGUGAGUUCAGUCCAGGCUUUGAGAGAGUUUAUCAGCCAGCGACUCACAGCUGCCGCGGGAGAAAUCUUCACCGUGGUUGAACGAACUGUCGUCCAGUAUGAGGAGGAGAUCGACCGGCAGCGCAGAUUGUUGGAAAGCAGCUGGAAACCUGAGAUCAGGCCACAGAGAGCUGAGCUCCCAGAUCAACAUGUGUACAAGGAGGACCAGCUCUUUAACCCGGAGACGAGCUGCAGUCUGGAACAGGAGAAACUCCAGUCUCCACCGAUCAAAGAAGAACAAGAAGAACUGGAAUCUCUCCAGAUUAAGGAGGAACAGGAGGGAUUUAGUGCUGCUCAGGAAGGAGAGCAGCUGGUACUGAAACCCGAAACCGAUGUCUUCAUGGUGACUUCCACCGAUGACCAAAGUUACUUCGGGGAGCCAGAAGUAAAUGGAGAUCACCUCAUUUCACACGAAUUUCCCGUAGCUGAAAGCCAUGAUCUUGUGAAAAGCAAAUAUAUUGACACGACUGGGGAUGCAGAGCCCGACAGAAUGUGUCACAGCAACAAUGUGGACAACUUCCUGAUGUCAGGACAAGAACAACCAGCCAGGGAAUCGUGUCUUCAGUGUGACGUCUGUGGAACAGGCUUCAAAUGUCCGUCUCAGUUCCAGCAACAUCACAUCCUCUGCCAGUCCUCUGAGAAGCCACCUUCGUUUAAAGCGUGCGAUAAAGCAGUGGAGGAAAGAGACAGAAGUCACACAGGUGAGACGCCUUAUCUCUGCAGCGUCUGUGGAAAAAGCUUAGCGAACUCCUCAUCGCUGAAAAAACACGCGAGGAUUCACACGGGUGAGAAGCCACACUGCUGUGGGACGUGCGGUAAAAGCUUCGGCGUACAGCGGCUUUUAUUGCAUCACCUGAGAACUCACACAGGUGAGAAGCCGUACUCUUGUGAAAUUUGUGGCAAAAGUUGCAGUCUCCAGAGUAAUCUGUUGGUCCACAUGAGAACCCACACCGGCGAGAAGCCCUAUUCUUGUGAAACAUGUGGGAAACGAUUUGGCCAACAGAGCCAUUUGUUGCGUCACUUAAAAAUUCACACGGGUGAGAGGCCGUACUCCUGUGAAAUGUGUUCUAAAAGUUUCAGCCGACGAAGUCACUUGUUGCGCCAUACGUUAACUCACACAGGUGAGAAGCCGUACACUUGUGAAACCUGUGGUAAGCGUUUCAGUCGACAGUGUCACUUGUUGGUCCACAAGAAAGUUCACUCAGGUGAGAAUGUGUAAAGUUGUGACGGAUUCUCAUGUCAACACUCGCAUGAGUGACGCUAGAAACAUGAAAGAUUCAUGAUCCCGAGCAGGUGUUGGUGUCGCGUCGCCAAGGUGCACAACGGGAAAAAUUUGGGUCUCUCAAGAAAAAAGUUGGAAACCACUGCUGUAAGUCACAAAAUUUAAAGAAAAAAAAAGUUGGAAAGAAUUUUGUGUCAAUUUGUGUCAAACUGAACAACCGAUCACUGUCAAACUGCGAGCUGGUUCCAUGAAGAAGAAGCAUGUUUGAAACAGGACUCCUUAUUUUGUAAAGUUGUAGAUCUUCACUGGACUGGAGAGACUAUCGUCAUAUGGAUUUGAUGGAUUAGUAUGUAUUUCAUUCUCCAUUUGCUGUUGUAGAAAAUAAAGUCUGCUAAAUUUCCUGUUAAGUUGC